CUCCUGGCUCUCAGUCUGGCUUCCUUCGGUCUUCUGGAGAUGUUUUACAUCCUGGUGAAGAAGAAUGAGGAGAUCCAGAACCACCUGCUGAUCCUGAUGGGUCCGCUGAUCCGGAGCCUGACUCUGGUACUUGCUGUUGUGAUAAUCCAGGUAGAGAGGAUAAAAGUGAUUCGUUCGUCCAUCCUCCUCUUCCUCUUCUGGACUCUUUUGGUACUUUGCUCCCUUGUUCCUCUGAAGAUUGAUGUCGAGCAGAUUAUUGAUCAGGGGUUUUCAUCCGACGCUGUUCGUUUUGUGGCGUUUUUCAUCUGUUUUUCCCUCCAACUCACCGAGCUCGUCCUCAGCUGCUUCUCAGACUGCCGACCGCUGCCUGAAAAACACACCAACAUCCAGAACCAAUGUCCAGAAGAAGAUGCCUCCUUUCUCUCCCAGUUUUUCUUCUUCUGGUUCAGCAGUUUGGUGGUCCGGGGUUACCGGCGCCCCCUGCAGGCCUCAGACCUGUGGUCCCUACAGGACCAGGACUCAUCAAUCCGGAUCAUGACAGACUUGGAGAAGUUCUGCACUCAGAACUGCAAACAGUUGCUGGAGGAGCCUGCUGGUUCUGGACCCUCCUGGUCCCGGUCCUGGUGUGGUGGUUCUGCCUCACCAACAGAAAAAACCUGCCUGCUUAGGAAGAACAGAAAGGGGCGGGGCUAUGGCCUCUUCCUCAUGCAAGCUAUCGGGCGAAGCUUUGGGAUGUACUUCCUGUGUGGGACACUGUGUCUCCUGCUGCAUGACGCCUUCAUGUUUGCCGUGCCACAGGUGCUCAGUUUGCUGCUGGCCUUCAUGCGGGAUGAAGACACUGCGAUGUGGAAAGGUUUCCUGUUCGCCUCGCUGCUCUUCCUGCUGUCCUGUCUGCAGUCUCUCCUCUACCAUCAGUACAUGUUUCACUGCUUCACCGUCGGAAUGAGAAUAAAGACCGCCGUCAUGGGACUUGUCUACAGGAAGUGUCUGUUGCUCAGCGGCGCGGCGCGGCAGCAGUGUACUUUGGGAGAAAUCAUUAAUUUGGUUUCAGCUGACACUCAGAAGCUGAUGGACUUUGUAGUUUAUUUCAACAGUAUCUGGAUCACUCCCAUCGAGAUCUCACUCUGCUUCUACUUCCUGUGGCAGCUCCUCGGUCCGUCUGCUCUCGCCGGUAUCACAGUUGUUGUUCUAAUCUUUCCUCUGAAUGGAUUCAUCGCUAAAAUAAGAAGCAAACUGCAGGAGGUUCAGAUGAUGUUCAUGGAUGGUCGGAUCAAACUGAUGAAUGAGAUCCUGAGUGGUGUGAAGAUACUAAAGUUUUAUGCCUGGGAGGAAGCUUUCCUGCGACGUGUUGGCAUGCUGAGAGACGGAGAACUCCAGGCUCUGAAAAAAUCUCAGAUCCUUUACUCUGUCUCCCUGGCUUCUUUCAACUCCUCUUCCUUCCUAAUCGCCUUCUUAGUGUUUGCAGUCUAUGUGUUGAUCGAUGAGCGAAACAUUCUGGAUGCUCAGAAAAUCUUUGUUUCUGUCGCUCUCAUCAACAUCCUGAAAACUCCUCUGAGUCAGCUUCCCUACGCCAUGAGCACUGCCAUGCAGGCUGUCGUCUCGCUCAGACGUCUGAGACACUUCUUGUACCAAGACGAAUUGAAUCACGACAACGUGGAGAGACUUCCUUAUAGCAUAGACGGAUACGGUGUGAUGAUCGAUGGGGGGUCGUUCUCCUGGACCAAUGAGGGGCUGCCGUGUCUGCAGAGCAUCAACAUGAAGGUGAAGACGGGCUCCCUGGUGGCCGUGGUCGGCCAUGUUGCCUCAGGGAAAUCCUCUCUACUGUCGGCCAUUUUGGGAGAAAUGGAGAGGAGGAGCGGCUUUGUCUCAGUCAAGGGUUCGGUGGCCUACGUUCCCCAGCAGGCCUGGAUCCAGAAUGCCUCCCUGAAGGACAACAUUUUGUUUGGUGGACAAAGGAAGGAGAGCUGGUACCAUCGUGUGCUGGAGGCCUGUGCUCUGCUGCCGGACCUGGACAUCCUGCCCGCCAGAGACAACACUGAGAUCGGGGAGAAGGGUCUGAACCUGUCUGGAGGUCAGAAGCAGAGGGUGAGUCUUGCUCGGGCCGUCUACAGAAAAUCUGAUGUUUACCUGCUGGAUGACCCGCUGUCGGCCGUUGAUGCUCACGUGGGACAACACAUCUUUGAUCGAGUCAUUGGACCCAGAGGACUCCUGAAAGACAAUACCCGGGUGCUAGUUACUCACGGCCUGAGUUUCCUGUCUAAAGCAGACCUGGUUCUGGUAAUGGAGGAGGGCCACAUCUCAGAGAUGGGCACCUACGUGGAGCUGAUGGACAGAAAGGGAGCCUUUGCCAAAUUCAUCCACACCUUCAAUGUAAACCAGCGCAGAGAGAGCUCCUCCCCCAGAGACAGGAACAGGAAGUCGGUCUCUCGCCUCAGUGUGACGGAUUUCUCCAUCGAUCUAUCUCAGGAACAGCUGAUCAGUGCCAGUGUUCAGCUGAUGGAGGCUGUUGAUCAGGAUUUACACGCUGAGGAUGCUGGAAAACUGACUGAGGUGGACAAGGCUCACACAGGGCGGGUGAAGCUGCAGAUGUAUAGAGAGUACUUCAGGACGAUCGGCCUGAGCUUCAUCAUGACAAUCGUCUUCCUCUGUGCCUUCCAGCAGGCCGCCUCUCUGGCCUACAACUACUGGCUGAGCCUGUGGGCCGACGAGCUGCUCGUCAACGGCACACAGAGCAGCCAUGGGCUGAAGCUGAGCGUGUUUGCAGCUCUGGGCUUCACUCAGGGGAUGGCCAUGUUUGGGACGACCCUCGCCAUCGCUCUGGGUGGUAUCGUAGCAUCGCGUCACCUUCACACUGAUCUUCUCCACAGCGUCCUGCACUCGCCAAUGUCUUUCUUUGAGGUGACGCCCAGCGGAAACCUCCUGAACAGCUUUUCUAAAGAGAUUGAUGCCAUUGACUGCAUGAUUCCUGAGGGGCUGAAGAUGAUGCUGGGCUACCUGUUCAAGCUGCUGGAAGUGUGCAUCAUCCUGUUGUUGGCCACACCCUUCACAGGGCUAGUGUUGCUCCCCCUCACCUGUGUCUACAUUUUCAUCCAGAGUUUCUACGUGGCGUCGUCGUGUCAGCUGCGACGCUUGGAGGCCGUGAGCCGCUCUCCGAUCUACAGCCACUUCAACGAGACGGUACAAGGUGCCAGCGUCAUCCGAGCCUUCGGCGAACAGCGACGCUUUGUCCUUCAGGCCGACCGUCGCAUCGACAACAACCAAGAGGCUUAUUUCCCGCGCUUUGUUGCCACCAGAUGGCUGGCGGUGAAUCUCGAGUUUUUGGGGAAUUUGUUGGUAUUGGCUGCAGCCAUCCUGUCGGUGCAAGGUCGGGAUGAACUCAGCCCGGGCAUUGUGGGACUGGCAGUGUCUCACUCUCUCCAGAUGACAGGAAUCUUAAGCUGGAUCGUCCGAUCCUGGACUGACGUGGAGAACAACAUCGUGUCGGUGGAGAGAGUCAAAGAGUAUGACGUCACACUCAAAGAGGCUGCGUGGACCCUCGAGGGCAGUUUGCUGCCAGUAGCCUGGCCGAUUACAGGAAACAUCCAGUUUGAAGACUUUGGACUGCAGUACCAUAAAGGUCUGGACUGGGCUUUAAACAACAUCUCCAUCAACAUCCAGGACAGAGAAAAGGUAGGGAUAGUUGGGCGGACGGGAGCUGGGAAGUCGUCUCUGGCAUUGGGAAUCUUUCGGAUUCUGGAAGCAGCACAGGGACGAAUCUUCAUCGACGGGAUGGACAUUGCUCAGAUUGGCCUUCAUGAUCUCCGCUCAAGAAUCACCAUAAUUCCUCAGGACCCCGUGUUGUUUUCUGGUUCUCUGAGGAUGAACCUGGAUCCCUUCGAUAGAUGUUCAGAAGAGGAUCUGUGGAAAGCUCUGGAUCUGGCUCACCUGAGCAGUUUUGUGUCUGCACUGCCACAAAAACUGAACCAUCAGUGCUGUGAAGGAGGAGAGAACUUCAGUCUCGGUCAGAGGCAGCUGCUGUGUUUGGCCCGAGCGCUCCUCAGGAGGUCCAAGAUCCUGGUUUUAGAUGAAGCUACAGCAGCCGUGGACCUGAAGACGGACAUGCUGAUCCAGUCCACCAUUCGGACUCAGUUUGAUGACUGUACGGUCCUCACCAUCGCACACCGCCUCAACACCAUCAUGGACUACACCAGGGUCAUUGUGAUGGAGCGAGGCUCCAUAGUAGAGAUGGACUCCCCGUCUCAGCUCCUCCGCCUGCAGGGACACUUCUACCAGAUGUGUGUCGAGGCGGGUUUGGCCUGACGUCAUAAAAACCUUUUGGAUCUCUAUGGACUGAUUCUUUAGUGUAAAAUGUAUAACUCAGGCAUGUAGCCGAGAUUCAGGAUGUAUUUCUACAUCUUUUUUUCAAGACAUAUUUGAUAUCUGGACGUGUCCAAGCUUGUUUUGAAGGUCUCCUGGUAUUCAGGCCCCGUUCUGUAUCUGGAUUUCUGACCAGGACUUGUUUUGCUCUACAAAUUAUUUUGUUUAACAGAAAUAAAGUAACUGGAAAUGAACAAUGAAGCUACUACACCUGGGGUAUUCAACUGAAACUCAAAGAGGUCCAGUUAGAGAAAAUGUCCUCAAGCAAAAGUCCGGAACAUCAUAAUGUCUAACUUGCGUUAAUGUGAUAUAUAUUGAAGUAGCCUAGUAGCUGUAUCAACAUCUGCAUGUCAU